GACAAACUGUCCCUGAAAGCAGCACCAGGGCAUCUGUCCGCUGAAAGCAUCCCCAUUUUUAUACCUACAGAAGACAUGCUCGGGUUUCAUAGAGGCCUGUUGCUUUUUAAACUCUGAGCUUUAAUAUUAGCUUAAUUUUAACUUUCGUGCACUAGCAGAGGGCUGGCUAGCUUAAUUAGCGCGUGUGAAAAUGAGCUCCAGCACUCACGUCAUCCAGGUGACAAAUGUCUCCCCGAGCACAACGUCCGAGCAAAUGAGGAUUCUGUUUGGGUUUCUCGGAACCAUAGAGGAGCUCAAGCUGUUUCCACCUGAGUGAGUAUUCAGAAAAAAAGCCCUGCUUAGUCUGCGUUAGCUUGUUUCUGGCAGCAAGGCCUUUGGAAUCACCAGAGGCCUGGCUGUAUGCUAAUGCUAAUGUUUUACCGCCUCCCCGUCAGUUCAUCCAUGGAAAUCCUGAAUGGUUUUGUUGUUGUUUUUUUCUCCAAGAACACAUAUUUAAAUUUCUAAUUCUCUUCAGACCGUAAUUAUGAGGCCAACUAAACAAAUAACUGUUUUUGCUUUUUCUGCUUUAGUAAUAAAUUAUUAUAAAAUGUAGUGGUUUUUUUUAUCCAACUAUUUGUAAUAAUUAAAUAAAACCUUCAGAGAGAUUUUAAGCUUUUUUUGUUAUUGAUUUGUAAAAGUAAAGCAACUGGUGCUUUUCCUAUUAUCAAAAGUUUCAGAAUAAAAUUAGUAGAGUUGUAAUAAGCAAGAGGGAAAUAAUAAACAACUUAAAAUAUGUGCUACAUCUUGUUUUUCUUAUUUGGUCCAAUGUAAAUGUGUCUGGUGCCUGCAGAAGAUCAGGUGUUGUAUUUUGUUUUUGGGUGUAAAGUAAUAAGAUUGUAAUCUGGUCUUUUUUCUUUUCUUUACAUUAGACUAACCCAGACCCCAUAUAGAUUUCACUCAACUGGAUGAUUACUUAGCCUGGCUGGGCUCAAAAUCGGUUUCUUGUGUGGACCAUAAUGAUUAAAAAUAUCUUUUAUGUUUUGAAAAUGUUGUGAAAACAUUAAGUGUAUAAACGUAUAGAUGAAUGUUGCUGCAAAUGGCAGUAAACACAUAAAAUGCUUUGAAGGAAAACAAUCUAUACUUUUGCUUUAAAAAAACAGAAUGAAGAAAAAAUAAAAUUGUUGACUAGAAAUGUAGAUAUUUAUGUAUUAUAAUAGUUAAUGUUCUUAGGUAUGACAGCUACCUGCAGCAGCUCUACAUCCAAAAAUGUAUAGAUCCCCUUAGGAGAGAUGAACAAAUAAAAUGCACUAGAGAUUAAACAGAUAUUCCCUAAAAGUCACAGUUAGAUUAAUGGAAAUAGUAAAACUGGAUUACUUUGGAACUGUUGGGAUGCUGUCGCAGAAAUCCAUUAUGAACCAGUUUUUCCGGCAGCAAGGAGGAAAAGGGCUUGUUGAUUCUCAGAUGUUUGUAUUCUUUGCACAACACGUCUGUAUUUUCUUCCAGUGACUCUCCCUUGCCUGUGACUUCCCGUGUCUGUUUUGUAAAAUUCAAUGAGCCUGAGUCUGUCGGAGUGUCCCAGCAUCUGACGAACACCGUCUUCGUGGACAGGGCCUUGAUCGUGGUUCCUUUUGCUGAAGUGGACAAGUCAUUUGCAGAGAGCCCCAUCCAUGCAGACUGAAAGUGGUCCUCUGCUGCCGUCAGGCGGUUAGAAAAAAAAAAAAAAGGCACCAGAUUCACAAGCUCCUACGGUUUCUUGCCCUGCAGUAAAAUAUUAACUUGAUUUUUUUCUUCUUUCUGUUCAAGGCAUCCUUUCUUAAAAGAUAGCUGUGCAGAGUUAUUUCUCAAGUGAAUGUCCUUAUUUUGCAGAUAAUGUGCUAUGCUAAGUAGGCAUGCAGAAGUUAUGGGUAAAUCGUGUAGAAUAAGAUAUCCGUCACCAUCAAGAAAAUGUGCCACACUGAUAAAUCUAGAGAUCAAACAUGAUGCAGCUCAAACAAAAUUAUUUAACUGACUGGUAGAUUUAUCUAUGUUUUAUGUUAUGCAGAAAUUUUUGAAGUAUAAACAUAGAAAAAAAUAAGAUAUAUUAAAUUUGACAUUUUAUGCCAUUUAAAUUUUACAAUUUUAACAUAAACUUUCAGGUUAGACACUUAAGGUGAAGGAAAUAUGACUUAUAUAGCUAAAAACACACGCACAAAAAACAACAUUUAAUUGGGUCCCACAACUUGCUUUAACCUCAAAAAGCACUAAUUGGUCUCAGGAAACUAGUUAGAUAUAGAAAUUGUUGUUGGAUGAACUUUCACAAUUUAUUUUACUUUAGCCUAAAUGUGUCUUCAAAACAAGAUUUAUAGAAAAUGAUAAACACUGGAUCUAGAUCUGUUGUUGCUUCAAGGUGUUAAAUCAGUCACAUUUAGAAAAAAAAAUAUAUGGGACAUCACACAGCAAGAUCAAAUGAUAAGUGGACAAGUCAGGUGUGCAUGCUGGGAAAUCUAUAGUUAUAGUCCGGCCAUAUGGAGAUGCCAAAGUAACUAUGAUAUUCAUAUUUAUUAUACUCGUACGUGCUGCAUUUGGUAAUAAAAUGGUGUUCUUAGUCUUAAAGCUUUGCUUGAUGUAGCUGUAAAAAUGCCUUUUGGAAACUGUCCCUCUCCAUACUUAUAGCUCUGAUGGAGUUGAGUCACUCUAACGUUUAACAGUGGUGUUUCUUUUGUUGUUGUGUUUUACAGUUGUUUUUCCUGGUUCAGCCAGCCCUAUAUUCCAGGCCCUGCUGAAAAUGCCACCAACAGUUUUGUCCUCCGCAGCCUUACCCCGUUUCUCAAGUGUCUGUCGGUGUGAAUGAGUGUGUGUGAAAUCAGAUGUCUCUCCCUGCCUCCCUCCCUUUUUCUCUUUCUCUCUCUUUUAUUUUUUAUUUUUAUUUAUUUUUUUAAAUAAAGGAAAUAUUUUAUUAUUAAAAUUAGCCUGUUUCCAGAUUACACAGCCAUGGAUGGUCGUCUGAUAAGAUUUUUUCUUUGAUUUUACUGUUUGGUUCUCUUCAGCUCUGGACAUAAUCUUUCAUGUCAUUUUCUCAUUAUUGCUGCCAUUAAACCUUAACUGUUUAGCACAUAUUAUGUUUGUGUAGCAUUUUGCACAUUGUAUUUUUGGUUUAAAUGUAGCAUUACAGAAAUGUGGUUGCCACGUUUAUUCUUGAAUGCUAAUGUAAGGAAGAGGCGGGUAAAGGUACAACUGAGUAUUUUUAAUCGAAGUUGUGGUAAGUGAUGUUGAAAUGUAUCUUUGUCUCCACAUCUAAAUCAUAAACUUUGUUUUUUUUGUUUUUUUGUUUUGUAUCUCAAUGUUUUUGUGUGCUUUAUAGCGAAGCAGCCGGCGCGAGUCGCUUGUUCAUAAUGAAAUUUGAGAGCACAUCCCGCUGGACAACUGGCUGUGCUUGCUAACGUUUGGUUCAUGACUUAAAAAACAAGUACAGGUGAUAAAAUCUUGGCAGUGUUGAUCACAGUGUGUAUUGUGAUUAUUUUUUUUAAUCUCAUAGCUACUAAUCCCACAGUUACACUUUCACAAAAAAAAGUCAGGUAUCAAGAUUUACAGACAAGACAAAAAGCGGAUUUUUAUUUUUCCAUGUUUUUAAAUACAAUGUAGUUAAACAGAGGUGGCUUGUCUGAAAGUCUUGUCUUAGUGUUGCUGACGUUUUUUUUGCCCCUGAACAUGAGCUGAGAUCUUUUCAUUUUUUUCUUCAGGAGUCAUUCCUGAUGAAUCUAAAGCGAUGUCGCUUCUGGCUCCAGCCAACGCUGUAGCAGGAAUGAUGCCAGGAGGAGGUCUUCUUCCAACACCCAACCCUCUGGCCUCGAUAGGAGCAAACCCGUUCGGCGGUCUUGGGGCUCCCACCAUGGACCAAUUAGCUGCUAUGGGAAUUGCGGGGCCCAACAUGUGUCCCCAAGCUUUUUCUGCGGACUUCCUCAAGCUUAUGCAGUCUAUUGACCCAAAACUGAACCCACUGGCAGCCGGAUUAAACCUGGCCCCAGGUCUGAAGCCAGAUUCCUCCAACAAGGAGAUUGAAGAGGCGAUGAAGAGAGUCCGAGAGGCCCAGUCUCUGAUUUCUGCUGCCAUCGAACCUGGAAGUAAGAAAGAUGACAAGCGCAAACAUUCCCGAUCUCCUUCAAGGUCGCGCCGCAAACGCUCGAGGUCUCGGUCAAAACACAGACGUUCAAACAGCAGAUCUAAGCGAAGUUCCCAUUCAAGGAGCCGGAGGCGAUCCAAGAGUCCGAGGAGGAAGAGGACUCGCUCUCGGGACAGAAGCCGUCGCAGCAAAUCCAGGGACAGGAGAAAAGAAGAAAAGUCCAAGAAAAAAUCCAAGACGCCUCCUAAAAGCUACAGCAGUGCCAGGAGGACUCGCAGCAUCAGUCGGAGGCACAGACGAAGUCGCACUGCUUCCCGGUCCCCAAGGAAACGGCCUUCCACGUCUCCGUCCUCCAGCCGCCACAAGAAAGAAAAGAAGAAGGACAAGGACCGCGAGAAGAACCGCGAUAGGGACAGGAGGGAAGAGCGGAACCACACCAGAGACGAACGAGAACGCUCCACCAGCAAGAAAAAGAAGAACAGAGACAAGGAACGAGAGCGGGACCGCAAAUCCGACAGCGAGAAAGGCGACGUAAAAGUUACACGGGACUACGAUGAAGAGGAGCAAGGCUACGACAGCGACAAAGCAGGGGAGGAGGAAGAUGAGAGGAGGAGCGAAUCGGAUUCUGUGUCAUCUCCCAAAGAUCAAGAGGAGGUGGAGCGAGACGAGCGUAAAUCUUCCAAAAGGUCUAAACUAAACGGCGAUGAUCGCCAUCAGGAGGACAUGGAGAUGAGCGACUAAGAACUUUCUGUGCCACCAUCUACUGAAUUCUUUUCAUAUUCCUAAUCUGGGCCUCAUUAUGUCUGUGCCUGAUCACUGUUAGCAGGUUUUUAUCUUAACAGCAAAAUCCUUGUGGACAGAGCGCCUAGAUCGGAUCAUUUUUGUAAAGAUAAGAUCAGGACUAAAAUGCAAAUGACAUGAAAUAUGGUUUUUAAACUAUGAUUUAUGCCAUUUGUUUAGAGAUCAUGUUUUUAAUGCUGUAUAGUUUUCCUGAAAACUGAACAUUGAACAUUUUCAGUAGGAUUCUUUUCCCCCACCUCUCUUGUCUUGACUUGUUCUAAUCUUUUCCUUGUUAUUUAUCAACCAGCACCAUGUUUCUUCAAACUGUGGCAAAGUUAAGAUUAACUUUAAUGCACUGUCAUGAAGCUGUUAACCAGAAAUAUAGAUGUGUGUAAACUGGCUCCAAUACAUUGUUUAACAAUUACAAAACAACGUGGCUUCAACUCUACUUAAGGCAGAGAAGUAAUAAUUGAUUUAAUAAUACAUAAACAUUUAUGCAGUUAAAAUGAAUCUAUUAUGUUAUUUCUGGAAGUGUACUUUUGAAUUACUGUAGCUAACUAACACAACUUAGCUUUUGCUGCAGCAUAAUGUCCACUGUUUCUACUUUUUAGUAUGUCCUAUUUUGGGAUUUUUGCUGUACAGUUGAUAUAAAUUGUCACAGAAAACGUUUGGGAUUGGAGCAGCUGAAGUCUGGAUGAAAUGUCUGUUAAAUGUACAUGUUGAAUCAGGUCAAGAGGCACAAACACACUAGCAAAACUUUACUGUACAAAGGAAUGUCAUGGAACAAUGAAAACUGGGUUUUAAAUAAAAGCACUGUCUAAAUAAUUGUGUUGCUGAAUAACUCCUCUAUUACAGGAGGAGCCAGGUGUGCUCAGCUUUAAUCCAACCUGCCAUCAGAAAACUACUGACCUGUACUUAAUAUUGCUUGCUUGUUUUCGUGUUUUGCAUCAAGUCAUAUUUGGAAUCAUAAAUAUGUUUUUAGGUUAACAAUGGUUCUACCUUAACACCUGGACAUAAAGUAUAGAAAUAAUGUAGCUCAGAGAAUGCAGCAUUCAGGCUCCAUGCUCCUUUAAUCUGGAACAAACUCCUAGAAAACUGCUACUAAAACACUUGAGUUGCUUUAAAUCAAGGCUAAAAUCUAAUUUAUUUAGAAUUGCCUUUGACUAAUAACUGCAACAUUGAUUCGUUUUAGUCUGAAUUAUAACUUUUUAUUCUGUGUUGCCACUCUUGUUUCUUUUGUUUGUUCACUUUGUUGAAAUGUGCUAUAAGGCCAUGUUAAUUAAAAUUUUUUUCCUUAAAUAAAAU